CGCUAACAUUUAAGUAUAGGGCACUUUUUGCUAGUUUGAACGCUAUUUUGUAAUAUUCCAGAUCGUUGCCAGUCUCCCUUUUCCACGUGCUGAUGGAAUUCUGGAUGAUCAAGAGAGACAGCCAUGUUUUGCGGACUGCACCGGAGAACAGAUUUUCUUCACGGACUUACGUGCAAAUACCUUAACUUGCAUCGAAUUAAGAAAAGAUCGCCUUGAAAAGGUGUACAGUAGAAGUCUUCAGCGGUUGCCAACACACAAAGAUGACGAAGCUGACCAAAGGUUCGUAUAUAUGAGCGGAAUUCGAUGCGACGAUUCUGGCCACCUUUUAGUCGCUGAUGCCAAAACACGAUGUCUUAAAUUGUUAACAUCGAAUGGGCAGCUGAUGAAGAAAGCUCAUAUGUCUGAUGGAAGCAAGUUCCCAUACUGUUCAACCUUUGGAGUGUCACCUUCGGGAUUGCUCAUGGCUUGCGACCGUGGAAGCAGCCGCAUGAUACUGUAUCGCAUUGGAGAGGAAACUACGCCUGAAAAUGCUAUUGUAACUGAUGAUAUUUUCGAUCGCAUGAUUGGUAGGAGCGGAGUAGAGGAAGAAGUGCGCCGAGCAAAGGACGCAGCACAUAGGUUCCGAUGA